UCCGACUGAACCUGAAUGCAGUAUUUGGCCAUCCUGAGCUGCCGUAGUACCUCAGAGUGCGUCACAUGUCGACGAGUGUUGCUAGUUGAUGCUACCGAAAGCUUGACAACAUUUCGAAAGUCAAAGGCAAAAACGAACAGUUUUUUAAGAAAUACAUGUUCUGUCAUUAUCGUCGCUGUUUGCUUUGAUUUGAAAUGCUUCAUUAUCUUCGUGUGUUGUGGGAAUAAACACACUUAUAUUCAUUCUAGCUUGUCUGCUAGCCAGGAAGAGUUGGCAUUUCACUGUUGGCUCCUGGUUAGCUGACACAGUCAACAUAGGAGCUAAAAUAAAGAGCUCCAGAUGCGGCUUAAGGACCCCUUCUCUUUGAAAGCCGCCGACAUGACUAAGCGGACAAAUAAACCGAGGAAACCUCGAGAUGAGGAGUCAUCAGAUGAAGUCAGCGGGCUGACUUGCCAGCAUGUGAAUAAGGCAGUGGACCUGAGCUCAGUGAAGAAAUCAGUGCUGUCCAGCGUGUGGUUGGUGUGCUCUGAGUGCCUCAAGGAAAGGACCAUGAUCGAUGGAGAGCCAGCAGAAUCCCAUGACAUCUUGGUCUGCCUCAAGUGUGGUUUUCAGGGCUGUAACCAGUCAGGGAUCCAGCACGCUGUCAAGCACCACCAAACUUUCCAUCCUGAGUCUCACUGCAUCACCAUUAGCUUGAGCACGUGGAAGGCCUGGUGUUUUGAAUGUAAUGAGGAGCUCUCCACUCACUGUAACAAAAAGGCCUUGGCUCAGACCCUGGAUUUUCUACAAAAGCACUCUGUCAAGGCAGCAUCAGCAUCGUCACCCAAGAUCAUCAAGCUGCGAGAGGAACCAUCAGAUUACACUGAUCCCCCCAGAGGCAAGAGUCCAGCCAUCAACAGCACCUUGGUUCCUGUCAAAGGCAUCAAUAACCUUGGUAACACCUGCUUCUUCAACGCCGUUAUGCAGAACCUGUCCCAGACACACAUGCUCAUCGACCUCAUCCAGGAAUUGAAGGAGAAAGGGUACAAACUGAGGAUCUGCCCUGCUGUUGACACCCAUCUGAGUCCACUGACGGUAACGCUGCCCAGUCCAGAGCCCCUGACUGCCGCCAUGUUUCUCUUCCUCCAGAGCAUGAAAGAACCAGGAAAAGGCCCGGUCAAUCCCAAGAUCCUCUUUAACCAGCUCUGCCAGAAGGCACCACGUUUCAAGGGCUACCAACAACAGGACAGCCAGGAGCUUUUGCACUACUUACUGGACUCCAUACGAGUAGAGGAAACUAAAAGGGUGAAGGCAGGCAUCCUGAAGGCUUUCAACAAUCCCACAGAGAAGACAGCAGAUGAAGAGACCAAACGCCAAGUUAAAGCAUACGGGAAGGAAGGUGUGAAGAUGAACUUUGUUGACUCCAUCUUUGUAGGCGAGCUGACCAACACCAUUAUGUGUGAAGAGUGCGAGCAUAUCUCCACAGUGAAGGAGGCUUUCAUAGACAUUUCUUUACCCAUCAUAGAGGAGAGGAUAUCGAAACCGUCCAACCCUGGCAGGCUAGGGAAGGGCAGCCGGGAGCAAGACGCCCACGCGACUCACAGCGAGCAGGUUCUUUCUGCAGCACACUCUGUCAACAGAAACACCAGGAAGCUCAGUGGACAGAAACAGCAAGGGAGGAGGUCUUCGAGCUCUGUGGAGGAGAAGGGGGCAGGCUGUGGUGCGGAGCGUCCAGAAGAGGAGGGGGUGGCGGGUGGAUCGGCCCGCGGUGUCACAGUUUGCAAGAUGGCCGCUGCUGGCAGCCUCUCAGAUGGCAGUGAAAGAGACUCAGGUCCUCAGGACAGCAGUAACGAUGCCGACAGCGAGGCUUCGGAGAGCGAGUGGGCCCCACACACCUCCUCCUCCAGCCACGUCCACAGUCAAAUGUCAUCUACUCUCACUCCAUCCCCUACACCCAUCUCCACCUCCUCACCCUCACCCUCACCAUCCUCCUCCACUAGGCAGGGUGGUGCUGUAGAGCAGCUCGUUUCUGCAGUGUCUAAGGUCAACCUGGGCUUCACUCCUGGGGACUGCUCGCCUUCCACGCACUGUUCUCCAGAGGAGUCGGGAGAAAUGCAGUCGCGAGAUAAUCUCCACCAUCAACACCACCAGGGGGCGUUCCAGGCACUGUCCCACAGUUAUACCCCCAGCUCCAAGGAGUGCUCCAUCCAGUCCUGCCUUCACCAGUUUACCUCUGUGGAACUACUGAUGGGCAACAACAAGCUGCUGUGUGAGAGCUGCACCGAACGCAGACAGAAGCAGCUGCGCAAGAGCAGCUCAGCUGAUAAGAAGGUGGAGAAGAUUUACACCAGCGCUAGGAAGCAAAUGUUGAUUUCCUCGCUGCCUCCUGUCAUCACACUGCAUCUCAAACGCUUCCACCAGGCAGGGAUGAACCUACGAAAGGUGAACCGCCAUGUUGACUUUCCGCUGAUCCUGGAUCUGGCUCCGUUCUGCUCGGUGACCUGCAAGAACCUGGCAGCCGGUGAGCGCGUCCUUUACAGCCUGUAUGGGAUUGUGGAGCAUAGCGGCUCAAUGCGGGGGGGCCACUACACCGCAUAUGUAAAAGUGCGUGCUCCCCAGAGGAAAACAGAACAGCACCACAGAAAGCUGUCAGGUGCAAGGGAUGCCAGCAGCAGCUCCCAGGGCCAGUGGGUCUAUAUCAGUGAUACCACCGUUCAGACGGUACCAGAGUCAAGGGUACUCAACUCUCAGGCAUACCUGCUCUUCUAUGAGGAAAUGCUGUAAUGUGACCGGAAGUAUUUUAUACUAGAUAUCUGUUUUGCUUUGUAUUGUUUUUGGUACAGCCUGUACAAAUCCUCUUACUGUAUCUGUGGAGGAGAGAAGAAAAGGGAAAGACUAUACACUCACUUUUCUUACAUGAGAGGAAUGACCAUUGUGUCAUUUUCAAUCUAAAACUGGCACUUCUAAAUCUUAGAUAUAUAUAUAUAUAUAAAAAAUACAUCAGAAGGUAAUUAUUUUCUGCUUUGAUAUAGUCCCAGUUUUCAUUCAUGUUUCCUAUUUUAAAAAUCCUACCCUGUAAUAAGAGGUCAGGAGAAGAGUGUUAUUGAACCUGAGCUGUUCUAACUUUGUCGUCUAUCUCUGUCACAUUCUGAAACUGAAAAGUUGAUGUCAAUUGUGUGUGUGCGCACACUGCACAUACAAAUGUAUGAGAGAAUGAGUGAAUGAGUGAGUGAGUGAGAGACAGACAGGAGAAUGUAAUUUUAAGGUGCUAUGUGUAUCAUUUUCACAUCAGUAAAUGAUUGCCACAUACAGGUUGAGUCAGUAGUGUAGUUAGUAUAUAAUUAACAUAAACACGCACAAACAUCAUGAAGAAGAUUGGCUCCUCUGUCAGUGCUCUACACUAAAGAUUGUACAUUUUGUGGCCCUGGCUCAGAUUUGGUGAGAAAUCUCCUUGAUUGCUUCUGGCAAUGACAGAUGAUAGAUGUGAGAAACACCAAUGGAAAAAUGAAUUCUGACAUUUUUGUCCUCUUCCGUAAAGAGAAUGAUGCUGAGGAUGAGGACAAAUCUGGCGUCCUUUAUGACGAGGUUUACGGGAAAUGUGGUUACAUAUGAGAAUCUUGAUCACUAAUAAUACCAGUGGUUAGUUAUUGUCUGAGCUUUGGCCAUAUUUAUUUAUGAUAAUAAUAAUAUUGACAUACUGGUUUGAAUUGCUACAUAUAGCACCUUUAAGUAGUAGCACAACACAGUUAUUUUACAGCCUACAUUGGUAAAACGGAUUGUUCUUCUUUUUUUUUUUUUACAUCAGAAUGUAUAAAUGUAAGACUAUCAGUAUGUUACAUUUGCCAAAGACAGGUUUUGCAACUGCAGGUCAUAGCAGAAAAUCAAAACCAAACACACAAGGAGUUUCUUUUACAUUUGUUCAGGUCAUCAGUAUGGUUUCGAGUGUUGUUGCACAAACAAACUACUCAACCUACAUUCAUCAGAUCAACAAAGCACCUUGUCUGCCUUCAUUGUAUUUCAGCUCAACUGUAACUGUUUAGGCGCACACACAAACCCAUUAAGAUGUUCAGCAAAGAGUUAGCGCUGCAACAGACGGACUUCUUAAACACUAAUACCAUCAGUAAGGUUCAGCAAAAAAAAAUAGAAAUAGAAAAACUCAAAGGCUCUAAGCCCUACUAGAAAAAACAUCUUUGCUGUCUUGUGCAUGGGGUUAUGUUAUAAUGAAUGUAUUGCCUAUUCUUGAAAUGUCUGUGUUAAAUGAGCUGUUCAUCUUUUUCUAUGAAAACAUUUUAGAUGAAAACAUUUUCAUUUUUCUUGCUUGUUGGACAUUUGCCAAAUCAGUAGGAGGGAAAGGGUUUAAGAUGUGUGUUAGAAUAAAGAGGUUUAUUGUUUUCUUAUGCUUAAGGUUAAGAAACCUGUGCAUGGUGAGAAGAAAAACAUAUGCAGAGUUGAAUGCAAAGAGGGAAAUGCGUGGCAUAUUUAUGUACAGUAUAACUUACUGUAAGCAAAAAUAAUGAGUAUAUGUAAUUGUAUAUACUAAAAACAAUACAAUCAUGGUGCUUCAGGCUUGCAGGGUUUUUCCUCGGGACAGAUUUUUGUUUCCAGAAAAAACAUAUUUAAUUACAAAAUGAUUGAUGAUGAACAUUUGGAAUGAGUAUAACUACAUACUGUAUCAAAAACAAAAUAAAUCUAAUUUAUGAAGUGAA